AGCAUUGUAGAAGACUCAGGUUUCCUUGAUGUUUUGCAAGUGGCGUCUCAAGACUCAUCCUAUAAGCCACCGUCAAGAGCCACAGUUAUGACGAAAAUCCACGAGCUCUAUGAAAACGAAAAAGAAAAAAGGAAAGAGGUCUUGGCUCAAGUAAAUCAUAUCGCCCUGACAGGAGACCAUUGGACAUCAGUGAGUAACAACAAUUACCUCGGAGUAACUGCACAUUUCAUCAGUGACACGUGGGAACUGAAGUCUUUUGCGCUGACUAUAUUAAAAACUGAGGAGCGUCAUUUUGCGGAGGCUUGUAAAGAACAGUUCCUGUCUGUUGCACGGAAGUGGGACAUCGAGGGCAAGACAACAACCAUUGGGACUGACAGUGCACGCAACAUGGUUGCCGCAAUUCGACUUACACGCUAUGAACACAUGAACUGUGUCGCUCACAUGGUGCAGAGAAGUGUCACAGUUAGUCUUGCUGACAGCGGCUUUGUAAAUGCUUUGGCCAAGGCUCGCAAAGUUGUCGGUCAUUUUAAGCACAGCCCAGCAAAUGCUACGGAGCUUAGCACACAACAAGUCAGCCUGGGAAAGAAGCAAGAGCCAUUGAUCCAGGAUGUUUCAACACGUUGGAAUUCGACGCUGGAAAUGGUCAAGUGCGUGAGCAGAAAUAAAGAGGCUGUCAUCGCAGCCCUGGACAAUCAGGAGCACAAACUCGUUUUGCCGACCGCAGCAGAGUGGGAUAAACUGCAGAGGCUGGAGACACUUCUAGAGCCAUGCAGGUAUGUAACUGAGCUCCUGGGUGGAGAGGCCUAUGUCUCCUGUUCUGUGGUACUACCUUCUCUCUGCCACUUGCGUCUCAAGAUGGAAGCCUGUGAUGAGGACCCUGCAUAUGUGGUGAGAUUCAAGACCAAGUUCAAGAGAGGACCUAGCAGCCCGUCAAGAACAGCUCAACAAUGCAUGGCUCCAGAUUGCUACAGUUUUUGGAUCCUCGUUUCAAAGACUUGAAAUGCCUGCCCAAGACAGACAGGGAAGCGGUGUGGACCACACUUGAAGGGAUGCUGCAACAAGAAUCACCCAGAAAGUCUUCACAGACACAUGAUGAUGGGCCACCUAGGAAGAAAAUCAGCCUUCUGCAAAUGGGCUCAGAUUCAGAAUCAGAAGAUGAAGAGGUCCAACCUGCCAUACAGAGGUACAGAGCAGAGCCCACCAUUAAAUUGGAGGACUGCCCCUUGAGGUGGUGGGCAUCUCAUUCAGGAGCCCAUGAGAAGCUGGCCUCACUAGCUCACAAAUAUCUAGCCACUACUGCAACCACUGUUCCCUGUGAACGACUUUUUCUCAGUUGCAGGUCACAUUGUGAACAAGAAAAGGUCAGCUUUACUUUCAGAAAAUGUGAAAAAGUUAGUUUGCCUCAGCAACUGGCUGAAAGAUGAUAAAGCUCAGUAGAUUUGAAAGGUGAUGUUCAAACAAAAAGACCAGUUUCAGUGCAACAUGUUAUAGUAGUUAGCAACUGGAUUUUUGAGCAACUGGAUUAAAGAAUGGAGGAAAAGGUAAAAG